AUGCACCUGCUCUCACCGGCAGCACCUGCUCUCACCGGCAGCGAGGCGGGAGCGCGAGGCGAUCUCGGCGAGGACGAGCUGCAUGUUGGACUCGGCGGUGGCCACCAGCAGCACCAGCUCGCGCUCCUGCCUCGCCCGCUCAGCGCCCUCGCCCACAUGCGGCGUUCCUUCGCCACCCGCUGCAGCCCGCCUCCCCUCGGGCUGCCUCCCCUCGGCCCGCCUCCCCUCGGCCCGCCUCCCCUCGGGCUGCCUCCCCUCGGGCUGCCUCCCCUCGGCCCACCUCCCCUCGGCCCGCCUCCCCUCGGCCCGCCUCCCCUCGGGCUGCCUCCCCUCGGGCUGCCUCCCCUCGGGCUGCCUCCCCUCGGGCUGCCUCCCCUCGGGCUGCCUCCCCUCGGGCUGCCUCCCCUCGGGCUGCCUCCCCUCGGGCUGCCUCCCCUCGGGCUGCCUCCCCUCGGGCUGCCUCCCCUCGGGCUGCCUCCCCUCGGGCUGCCUCCCCUCGGGCUGCCUCCCCUCGGGCUGCCUCCCCUCGGGCUGCCUCCCCUCGGGCUGCCUCCCCUCGGGCUGCCUCCCCUCGGGCUGCCUCCCCUCGGGCUGCCUCCCCUCGGGCUGCCUCCCCUCGGGCUGCCUCCCCUCGGGCUGCCUCCCCUCGGGCUGCCUCCCCUCGGGCUGCCUCCGCGCGGGCUGCCUCCCCUCGGGCUCCUGGCGCGGGGACCUGCCAGAUGGCGCUGUGAUGCGGCUGACGCUGACGGCUGGCAGGCGCCUCGACGGCCAUCCGACGUGGCGAGGCAGCAGCGAGUGGAGCAAUACGUUGUAGCUGUGGGAUCGCGCUACGAUGGCAACACGGUGGGCGGGGGUGGCGCGCGUGGCUCGGAGCGGAGUGACGUUCAUUCUCUAGACGGCGAGGUCGCGUCCCGCAUGGCGCACGACGCGACGCGGGGGUGGACGGCGACGAGCUACCGCCGCGGGGUACCGCCGCACAGCAAUUCGACUAAAGCGCUGGCGACGCAUGCUCGCAAUGCGAGGGGGAAUGCUUCUCUCGUGGAGACAAAGGAAAACGGAAGCGAUGGGCCUCACCUCCUCGGGCGGUCGCGUCCGCCAUGA